AGUGUAUUUUGUAGUGUAUAAUUGUAGACAUGUUAAUGUUUAGGGUCCAAUGAAUAUUUCUCAUUUAUUUUGAAAAAGGAAGAAUGGAUGGCCUAGGAAAAUGUGAAGAAGUACAGCUAUUGUAAGAUAAAAACAGCCUUGGAAAGAGUUGAGAAUAAAAGGAUGUGAGGAAAUACAGGUAAAUUAAGAAUCCUUGAACAUAGUUGGUUUGGAGAACAUUAAGAAUGUCUACCUUGUGACCACGUCUUUGGUUGGUUUCCUUAGUUACUCAGGUGUCAGCAGGAAGUCCUCAGAAAUAAGGGACUUAAGUAUCUAGUUACAGGGAAAUGCUGACCCCCCUGCUGCUCUUUGGGGGAGCACACUGACUGCAUCAACAAGAUGUGUUUCUUCAGCACUGGUUUUGAGUGCCUUGUAGUCUCUUCAUUUGUCUCAUCUGCAUAUGUAUUUCUGUAUUGUUGUUAGGCCUUGACUUAGGGUUUAAAGAUGAGAGCAAUAUACAUCAUCUAAGUUGCUGGCUCUUUCAGUCCCCAAACCCUCCAUCCUUCACACCAUCUUUUCCAGGGAGUUUUACUUCCAGUUCAUAUCAGCUGUCUUGGUCCUUGUCUUCUUCCAGGUGACUGUUUUGGGAUCUUGAGCUUGGGAGAGUCUCCUCUCUGCACACAUGCUGCCCUUCCUUGUUCUGAUUUCUUCUCCAGUGGUCCUUAUUCCUUAGGCACUGGUGUUUUCUGGCUUCCUCGUGCCUCCUUACCCUGUUUAAUUGCUGUGGACUUUACAGGGAGUCAUGUGAUUGUCAACCAAGAUUGUCAUCUUGGUUUCUUCACUCUGGCCCUGUAACUUUGCCAACCUUGCUCAGUGGCACAGUCCUAUUUAAUUUUUCUGUUUUUUUUCCCCUUCAGUUGCACUCUGCUGGAGAGAAACCAGACAUCAAGGUGACUUUUUCUACUAUACAUUUAUACGUUCUGGGCUCAGCUGGACCCUUGACUACUUUUUUUUCUCUUUACGUCAUUCUUUUUACUAAUUCUUUUCCCAGUUUCAUCCUCAACCUCCUUCCUCUCCAUCAUAAUUUCCACUUCUUAGAUCAUUAAGAAAAUAAGUUGGCAAAUAACUGCUCCCUCAACUUCCUGUCUGCUUACCUCAGUGAGUAUUGAGAAAUAGGAACUAUUUGUGCACAUUUCUACCCACUUGAUUCCACAGAGGAUAUGACACAGUCACUACAGAUGGUCAUGUGGAAGGAGUGUGAUAGACUAAAUGUUUUCCUGCCAGGGUUACAGGAGAACUGCCAGUUGCUCCCUGUGGCAUAGUUAGAACUUCUCAUCUCUGGUUUAUGAAGGUGCUAAGAGAUGGUGCUUGUGGGGCUCAUCUCUGCCUGAGAAUCAGGUGCUCCAGGUGCUGGAAAAGCCAACUCUGAUCCUGGGCUCCCUGCUUGAACAAGCCUUCACUUCCAGCCACUCCAAUCCAGCGACCAAACGACCGAUUUCCUCUUAAUGAUGGGUAUUGGUAAGAACACUACGUCCAAAUCCAUGGAGGCCGGGAGCUCAACUGAAGGCAAAUAUGAAGACGAAGCAAAGCACCCCGCUUUCUUCACGCUUCCGGUGGUGAUGAAUGGAGGUGCCACGUCCAGUGGUGAACAGGACAAUGAAGACACGGAGCUCAUGGCAAUCUACACAACAGAAAACGGCAUCGCAGAAAAGAGCUCUCUGGCUGAGACGUUGGAUAGCACCGGCAGUCUAGAUCCCCAGAGAUCGGACAUGAUUUACACCAUAGAAGACGUUCCUCCCUGGUACCUGUGCAUAUUUCUGGGGCUGCAGCACUAUCUGACUUGCUUCAGUGGUACGAUCGCAGUGCCCUUCCUGCUGGCCGAUGCCAUGUGUGUGGGGUAUGACCAGUGGGCCACCAGCCAGCUCAUUGGGACCAUUUUCUUCUGUGUGGGAAUCACAACUUUGCUGCAGACAACGUUUGGAUGCAGGUUACCCCUGUUUCAGGCCAGUGCUUUUGCAUUUCUGGCCCCUGCUCGAGCCAUCCUGUCUUUAGAUAAAUGGAAAUGUAACACCACAGAUGUUUCAGUUGCCAACGGAACGACAGAACUGUUACACACAGAGUACAUCUGGCAUCCCCGGAUACGCGAGAUCCAGGGGGCCAUCAUCAUGUCUUCACUGAUAGAAGUGGUCAUUGGCUUCCUGGGCCUGCCCGGCGCUCUGCUAAAAUACAUUGGCCCCUUGACCAUUACCCCCACAGUGGCCCUCAUUGGCCUGUCCGGUUUCCAGGCGGCAGGAGAGAGAGCUGGGAAGCACUGGGGCAUCGCCAUGCUGACAAUUUUCUUAGUAUUACUGUUUUCUCAAUAUGCUAGAAAUGUUAAAUUUCCUCUCCCAAUUUACAAAUCCAAGAAAGGAUGGACUGCGUACAAGUUGCAGCUUUUCAAAAUGUUUCCUAUCAUCCUGGCCAUCCUUGUGUCCUGGCUGCUCUGCUUCAUCUUCACAGUGACUGAUGUCUUUCCUCCUGACAGCAACAAAUAUGGCUUCUAUGCUCGGACAGAUGCCAGACAGGGUGUGCUUCUGGUAGCUCCGUGGUUUAAGGUCCCGUACCCGUUUCAGUGGGGACUGCCCACCGUCUCCGCAGCUGGCGUCAUCGGCAUGCUCAGUGCCGUGGUCGCCAGCAUCAUCGAGUCCAUCGGGGACUACUACGCCUGUGCGAGGCUGUCCUGUGCACCACCGCCUCCCAUCCACGCAAUAAACAGGGGGAUUUUCGUGGAGGGUCUCUCCUGUGUUCUCGAUGGCAUAUUUGGUACUGGGAAUGGCUCUACUUCAUCCAGUCCCAACAUUGGAGUUUUGGGAAUUACUAAGGUCGGCAGCCGUCGGGUGAUACAGUACGGGGCCGCCCUCAUGCUCGCCCUGGGCACGAUCGGGAAGUUCAGUGCCCUCUUCGCCUCCCUCCCGGAUCCUGUGCUUGGUGCUCUCUUCUGUACUCUCUUCGGAAUGAUCACAGCUGUUGGACUCUCUAACCUGCAGUUCAUUGAUUUAAAUUCUUCCCGGAACCUUUUCGUGCUUGGAUUUUCGAUCUUCUUUGGGCUGGUUCUUCCAAGUUACCUCCGACAGAACCCUCUUGUCACAGGGAUAACAGGAAUUGAUCAAGUGCUGAACGUCCUUCUCACCACGGCGAUGUUUGUAGGAGGAUGUGUGGCUUUUAUUUUGGAUAACACCAUCCCAGGUACUCUGGAGGAGAGAGGAAUCCGAAAGUGGAAGAAGGGCGUGGGCAAAGGGAGCAAGUCGCUCGAUGGCAUGGAAUCCUACGAUUUGCCAUUUGGCAUGAACAUUAUUAAAAAGUACAGAUGCUUCAGCUACUUACCCAUCAGCCCAACCUUUGUGGGCUACACGUGGAAAGGCUUCCGGAAGAGCGCAAACAGCCGCAGUUCAGACGAGGACUCGCAGGCCACAGUAUAGCUGUAGCUUGCCCUGUGGCCCGGCCGCAGUGAGGCAUGAGUCUGGAGUUCCUUGCUGAGUAACAAGCAGUAACAUAUAUGUUUGUAUAUCUGCAUUUACAUUCUGCACCCCAGUGCUAAGAUUGCAAAUAGCUUUUUUUGUUGUAGUUGGUGAUUGUGUCUAAUACGGUGUCUCACCUAUCUCCUUAUUUAAGACCUGACCCCUUGCCCUUGAGAGUGUCCACUGCUGGCUGUGGUGACUGAACUUGAAGUUCCUGCCCUCCUGUGGGAGUAGAUGUUUGAAAUCCACAGUGAUUCUUUGUUUUCAGUCCCCCUUCCCCAGCCCACGCUAGCUUUCUUACAAGCCUCCAGGGUCUGGGUGCUUUCUGUCCUGGAAGCACCUGGACUUGCUUGGUAUAUUUUAAGUUAAAAAAAAUUUUUUUUUUUAAUUUGACCUCAGCCUGAACCGCAGAGGCCUCCUGUGGUCAAGGGGCACCAGUGUCCUCGCAUCGUCACAACUGGUCAAAUGUGAUUCUGUGUUGCCUGAUUCUCUCGUGGGAGGAGGCUGUUGCCCUGACUGCAGACAGUGACACAGCCACCCUGUGCCCCGAUCUGUGCAGGGGCAAGGUCUGCACACGCAGUGUCAGCGUGGGAAUUCAUCUGGGGAGCAGGAGGUGGCGGGGGAAGUACCUAGAAGUCAGUAUCUGGUUCUCAGCUGCCCCAUCUCGGUGCCACCCUGGCCCAGGCCGGGCCAGCGCAUUUCACACUGGCCUCUCUUCACUAGUGGCUGAGACACUCUGCCUGGCAUUUCUCACUCCUGUGGUGUGACAGGAAUAGAGUGCCACGCAGGGGCACCACGCAGGUGUUUAUGGGAGUCUUGGCUCUCCUGUCAUGUGGCUGUCAGUUUUUGUCACCUGUGUCUAUAAAUACAAGCUUUUAUUCCUAUUUGAUGUUACUGACUAUAGCGGAUUUUUGAAAUCAGUGUUUUUCCACGUGACCCUCUUACCUUGCAUCCUUCUUACUUGUGUCCCCCUGCUCCUUCCCAUUAGAGAAAGAACCAGCAUUUGUAAAGCUGUGGACACCAUCAGGGAAGCUUGUUGUCAUGGCUUUUGAAGGCCAGUAACCAUUGUUGUGGUUGUGUUUUGUAUUGCUUGAUACCAUGAAAGUGUAAAUACUGUAAUGCUUAAUCUAUUUAUCAAAACUGACUACUGGACCAGAGCCCAGAAACCGCGGGUUACAUUACAUGUGAAUUCGUUUUGUGGAGAAGGGAAGCCGGAGCAGGCAACGAACAGCUGCCUGUUGAGCGGUCUGGCGCGCUGGCAAAUGCACCACUGCAGUUCUGUUGCUGGUCAUUUCUGGCAGUUACGGCUUCGGGAGAGACUGUCUGUGGUUGCCGUGUUGCAUGCCCCCGGGGCCUGGUUUUGCACGAGGGGAAGGUUAGAUCCCCUGGCCAAACACUGCAGUUCUUGUUCAAGUUAUUGCAGAAGGUAGUGGUGAGGAAGGCAGCCAGCAGGUCCCCACUGUUGAGUUCUGAUUAAAUAACACUAAAUUCUUUCUAGGAGAAAAGUAAAAAGACUAGUGUUGAAUUUGGUUUGAAAAUUUUUCAGCCAAAGGAAAAGCCUGAGGCAUAAGGUAGUGACCUUGCUGCAUGUGGUCAUGCUUUCUAAGUGGUCGUUGACCUGGUUGAGCCUUGGAUGGCAGAGGGCGCCGCUGUCUCCAACAGCAGGACCCGUUCUGGUUCUCCAGGGCCUGUGCCAGGGGGCGUGUUCCCGCCCCUAGGCCGCCUCCGCUCCCCCGAACUGGGAUGUCUGUGGCCGUGUUGUGUCACCACAGCUCCUCGACUCCUGUGAAGUUUGGGGCUUCAAGGCUUGUUCCGGCAAGAACACUUCAUUGUUUUGCCAAGAGCUUAUUGCAGGUUAAGUAAAGAAUUUAGAUUGUAUUAGUUUUGUAUGUUACCUUGUCUCGAAGUGUAUUUGAUGCUAGUUUCUUUUGAAGCGCACAGGUUGGUUAACGAGUUUCAUCCUUUUAACCUGGUAAGCCCUCGAGGCUGACAGCCCUCUGAGUUGCUCUUAGUUCCUUCUAUUUGUAUUUUUGCUCAGCAUCUAUAAUUUCUCAGCUUUGAAAAAAUGGGGAAAACUAUUACACAUCCCAAAGGUUUACAGUAUUCCAGCUCUGUAGGUGAGCAGAAGGACCCAAACACCCAAAUAAAAGCAUCUGAACCAUCAAUAAUUCAGAAACAAGUUAAGUUCCUUUCAACUUAACAUGACUGCUUAUCUCCUGACCAGUGGGUAACACUCGGGGUAUGUGCUUCAAGUGUCCAGAAACCCACUUCCUUCCGAAACCCCUCCUUGGGUCAGGUGUUACUGGGAGGUUUCAAAUCUGCUGGUCCAGAGCAUGUCUGCAAGCAUUCGUGUAUGGAGGGAGGGCCUGUUGCAAAGGGUUUUUGCCCUUCGUGUUCCAUGGGGGCCAAUUGAGAGUCUCUGUCCAAGGGAGGAAGGAAGGAGGUCGGCCUCACUGGAGGCCCCAUUGAGUCUGGUACUUUCUGCACAGCCUGUGAAAUUCACUCACUUGAUCGCAGCUGCAGGUUAACUAAUCUUGCACGUGCAGCCACGCCAACCAUUUCACAUUUUAGGAAGCGGUCCUUCUGCUAGCAAAUAGGCAACAGACUGAGCCUAAUUGAAAGAAAAGGUAUUUAUCUGCUCCUUGGGUUUAAGCACAUGAACUGCAGCGGAGGUUUGGGAGGCCCAGCAUGGCCUUGCACGGUUUGUCCUUGUGAACCUCCUGCUUACGCUGUUGGCUGGCCCUGCUGGGGCUGCACACCUGCUUGCUUUGUUGGGCCAAUGGAAUGUUUUACGAUAUUUUAUAUGUAAAUGUCCUUGGGCAGGGCAUUUAGUCUCCAGUUUCCUCAGUGACCACCUACCCACAUCAGCGCAUUCACAUGAGCCAUCCUGAUAUGAUGAGUAAGCAGAAAGUAUUUAUAAGAACAGCAGAUGCUUCCAUGUCCUGGUGGAGUGGGUCACGGAGACCCCACCACUGGUUUGGAUAAAAUACCAAACAUGGUUCAUAGAAUAAUGGGAAGUAGCUCCAGUCUCUGUAAGCAAUUUUCUUUCUCAUUCUCAUUAGGGAAUCAAACUUACAUUCAUUGGUACUGAAUCUGAGUACCCUUAGAAGGCAUCAAAUGUACCUCGUAGUGAGUUUCUUGUGAUUGAUCAGAACAAGAGAAGUGGCUUAACCGGGUCAGCUAGAGUAAAGCAUCAUUGGGUCCUGAUGGUUUCCCAUUUUCAUGGCAACAAAUGCACACACGGGAUUUGCUUUAUGCUGUAGAUUACUAACUUUCAUGACAACUUGGUUUAUGCAUGAAUAUUGCAGUAUUUCCAUAUAGUAAAAUAACAUUUCUACCCAGGAUAAUAGUCACAGUUUUCCGGGGAGGGAAUGAUAUAAUUUUCAUGACAAUGUCAUGUGAUGAUAGAAUUUCUCCAUUGAUGAAUCUCUAGUACGUGUGUAUACUUUAUUUACCCAUGCAUAUAUUUUAUGACAAUGAGCUAAGUUGUUACGACUUUAAUCAUGUCCCUGCUGAAAUACUGGUACUAGCAACCUAGAUUUGAAGUAUAAUCUUCCUUAACGUUGACGCCACAAGAGUGGCCAGGCUAGAGAGAAGGCGAAUAAGGAGCUGGGGCGGGAACCUCAUUCCGGAACUUGUCUGGCCUGAGCAGAGGCAGCACCCUGCAGACCUCUGCGCUUGGGUGUGUGCACUCGGCCACAAACGCGGGACCAGGCGUGGCGCCGCUGUCACUGGCCCGCUCAGCCACACCCCCGGACAGUGCUGGUUGUGCGAACGAACGUGCCUGAGCGCUGGCAGAGCCCCGUUCUCCAGGAAACUGCCCCUUGGCUUUGGAGAGGGUUUGGGUUCUCACACGCUGCAUGUGUUGUGCUCUGUCCCCUUAUGGCUUGGACAGGGAGAACAGUAAGGCUCCCCUGCCUCUACCCCACCUAAAGUCACAACCCAAGCAGUGCAAGAAGACCACCCUUUUUGCCAGUGUUCAGUUUCCGCCCACGGACCCCGAAAGCGUGUCCCUGCUGGGGGGUCCCUUAGCAGCAGUCUCGCACACAUUCCUGUCCUUCUAGGUUCUUGACUAGGCCUCGUCGUCGUUCUACACAAGUAGCUUCCAGCGUCCUUAGACUUGCUGCGUGUUUCCUGCCAUUCAGGAGCCGCUUGCCGGCGUAGCCGUCUCACUGACAGUUCAAGUUAACGCUGUUUCGUUCGUUCAUAACAGCCUUUGUUUGACAUGUUAAUAAAUUUCUGACUGUUCUUAAAACAGUGGGGGUGCCUAUAUUUUCUUUGAGUUUUUGUGACCGACUUUGGCUAUGUACCUUUUUGGGAUUUUGUUUGUUUUUUUAUUUUGCAUACUGAGGGUAUUUAGGGUGGGAUUGUUUUUUGAGAUGUGUAAUUCUUUUACGGAGUUUUUAAAAAGAAUUUUCAUAUUGUUUUUCUAACAUGGCUUCAUUAAACGUUUAAGUAUUUUAAAAAUAUGUAAUAUUUGGACCAGAUGUUGUGAAUAAUAGUAGAGAUAAAGCUAUUUUAUUCUGUAUUUUUAAAACUGUUCCGUACAAAUAAAAGCUCUCCUGGACGCAGUUCUGCUGUUCACGUGC